AUGGAAGAAUUGUCGCAAUCAAAUCCCCUCGCUACUGUCUUCCCUGCACCGCCACCAUUCUAUCAAAGUUUUACGCCGACUAAUAUUCAAAAAUUUGCAGCGCAUCGUGCCAAAGUUUUAGGUAGUGAUAAAAAUAUUGCCUCGGAUACAUCGACUCUGCUGGCAGAUUUGCCUGCAGAGCUAGUACAUUUGCAACCUCCAGAAUUACCUACGGCCGAAGACGGAAAGUUUCGAUGCUUUGGUGAUGUAUACUACAUUUUUGGAAAGGUGAAAGAGGAUUUGCCAUCCCUUGAGGCUAUGGGGGUGGAACAAGUUUACACCCCUCCCACUUCCCCAGCGCGCAUUCAGUCACCUUCUCAAGACUCACAGGCACACCAUGAUCGUGCCUUCAUUCUGAAGCGCCUAGCAAAAUCUCUAUUGCUCAACUUCCUCGAACUUUUAGGCGUACUGGCUACAAACCCAUCGCUCUGGACUCAAAAAGUCCAAGAUAUUCGCACACUUGCCAUCAAUUUCCAUCAUCUCUUAAAUGAAUAUCGACCACAUCAGGCGCGAGAAAGCCUAAUCAUGAUUAUGAGAGAACAACUGGCCAAGAAAAAGGCAGAGAUCCAGGGUGUCAGAGAGUGUGGUGAGAGGGUAGAAAAAAUAUUAGAAGGCUUAGUUUCCAUCAGCCUAGAUGAGCCUACAGUGUACGAAAAGGAACCAGAAGUAGACAUAGAGGAGAUUAUUUGGGAAAGUAUGGAGAAAGAACUCGCUUAG